CGUUAUUUUAAUUUUCUAUCUUUGGAUUCCGAAGAUUGAGCUAAUAGUUUGUUUGUGUUUGUGUAUGAGCAGCAACAAUAUUUUGUACCCAAAGGAAGACAAGGAUCAGAAGAUUCUGCUUUAUGGUUGCCGCAAUUGCGAUCAUCAGGAGGUUGCUGAAAACAACUGUGUGUACAGAAACGAGAUACAUCAUUCUGUUGGAGAGCGCACCCAAGUCUUGCAAGAUGUUGCUGCUGAUCCAACGCUACCUCGUACUAAAUCUGUGCGCUGUGCCAACUGUGGUCAUGGAGAAGCUGUUUUCUUUCAGGCAACUGCUAGGGGAGAAGAAGGAAUGACUCUGUUCUUCGUUUGCUGUAAUCCGAAUUGUGGGCAUCGUUGGAGGGAUUGAAAAACUGCAUUUUUAUGCAACGUAAUAGAGUGGAUAAAGCUGACCAUGUAACUCGACUUGUAGACUGCAUCAUUGUGACUCGUUAAAUUCCCUUGUUGGAUUCGUAUUACCAUGUAUGUUUGUUUCUUCUGUUAAUCGAAUGUUUUCAGGACCAACUAUUUUUCGACUCAUUAUAAUGUUUUGCUGGAGAAA